UCCGGACUCGACAGUCGCAUAGGCACGUAUUUACUCGUUCGCGCUAGUUUCGAGAGACAGUGCGCUGCAUAUAUGUUAUAGACCGCAGCCACUGCUGUGUCGUUUUUCGCUGAGAUAUUGUGUAUAUAUAUAUACAUAUACUUCAGUGUGUUCCCUCAUACGAGAGUGCGCAACUUCCCCACGCCGUAAGGUCGCAUAUUCUAGUGCAGUUAUCUCGGCAGAGCAGAUCAGACAAUCGGACGAUCAGACGUUAAAUUUUGUCCGAUACAAUGGCGCACGCACCCAUCACCAUUACAGCACUGUUAAUGCUUGCCCUAGCGCAUUCAUCAAUGUCUGUAACCGUUCAAGAACUUUUCCCAGACGUAAAAAAUAAUUUGACUUUAGUCAAAUGGUCUCAUGCAAUCAAUAACAAGAAUAUGUUAAAUGCUGCUUUAGCAUCUAAUGAGACCAUGAUGAUCGAAGCCGAUGUAGUGUUGGGAAUACUCAAGACGGAUAACAAUAGUACCCCGCCUUAUCCAGUUAUGGGUCAUCCGCCACAUCUUCAAAAUCUCGAUCUCAGCCUCGAAGAAUUUUUAAAACAUAUUUUAGAUGCGCACUCUAAAGAGAACAAGAAAGUUGGAAUGAAACUCGAUUUUAAAAGUAUUGAAGCGUUUGAAGCCAGUAUAGAUAUUGUUAAAAAGCAUAAUAUAACCGUGCCACUCUGGGUAAACGCCGACAUCCUCGAAGGACCUGUAAAUGCGACUACAGCCAACGGCGCGCCAUUAGCGGUCAAUGCAAAGCUCUUCCUCGAUGGUGCUGCCAAGCUACCGCAAGCUCUGCUAUCGAUCGGCUGGACCACCAGAGUAUUGAGCCAAACAGGUUUAAAUGCAACUUACACUGGUAACUAUACUCUUGAGCAAGCGAACAUCAUGAUUUCCAAAUUGCAAGAUUCAAAAACAAAUCAGUCGGUAACUUAUCCUGUGCGAGCUUGCUUUGUUGCUAAUGAUGAUAAAGAUACCGACGUUCUUGGCAAACUAUUAACCAACAGCUCAAGCAACAACCCAACCCUCACAGUCUGGUCUGCUGUUGAAGAUAAAAAUGUUAAUGCAACUAAAUUAUCAGAAGUAAUUAAACGCAUCGGGGUUGAAAAAGUCUACCUCGAUGUUCCUGAAGAGCUAUACAACAAACUCAGCCUCAAUUCGGCUAUUAACACCAAAAAUUCAAAGUUGAUACAAUUUUCAUCUUUGCUACUUGCUGCCAUUGCAUCAUUAAGAAUUCAUUGAAUGACUGUAGAGAUAAUAUAUUAAAUCGGCUUUUACAGCUUACUGAUGUGAUAAUGUGAAAAGAUAAAAAGAACGAGCUUUUAACAUUAUUUCUGACAAAAUUGUCUCUGAUUCAUACAAACUAGUUACUUCAUAUAAAUACUUUCGACAUAAAUGACAGAAAGAUAAAAAUGAAUAAAUAAUUAUUGAGUCGCAACGUUUAAAGGAAACGUUCCUUGCGCAUAUUAAUAUUGAUGAUUUUGAAUUCUUUUAAAGAAUUAAUGAAAGUAAUAAUAGAAAAUAAUGCAGAACAUCAAAGCUAACAGUCAAAUUCCAAGCUUUUCAUUAGUUACUUUUUUCGUUUUUAACUUUUUGUUUUGUUUAAUGUUUUCUAUAGUAGGGAGGCAACUCGCACAAUUUUCAAAAAAAUUUAUUAAUGCUGCAUUUUUUAUUUUUUUAUAAAAACUUCAGGUAUAUUUAUUGUAAUUUAAAUUUUUAGAUGAAAUUUCAAAGUAUGUAAAAGUUUUGCAAUCAUUGCAACGAUUUGAUUUUUACUUCAAUUUUUUCUUUCUUAAGAUCACUAACAUAUACUUGAUCCUUACAUCUAUGUACAAGUAUAAUACUAUAUUUAAAAAUAUGUUUCAAAAGACUAACGAUCUUCAGCUUAACUAAAUGUUAUAAUCGUUUUUGUGUAGUAAAUUGUUGAAAAAAGUAUAAUAUUGACUCGAUUGAAUUUUUAAAUUUCUCGAAAAAUUUAUAUUUUAAUUACUUUAUUGUUGUUAAUACAUUAUACAUUUAAUACAAUCAAUAAAUAAAAUGAAAAACCAUAAUUCAAUUGAGGACUAUUAUAGUAUAUUUUUCCUUAAGAUAUUUAGCUUAGCUUGUAAGUUAUCAUUACUUGAGAUUUGAAAUAAAUCUAGUAUUAUGAACUGUCGUUGUUCAAGUCCUUCAAUAAGUAUAUCAUACAAAACAAUAUACGAUUCAAACGAUUUUACUGACAUAGGUAAGAGUUAAAUAGUUAAAUAUAAAUUUUGAAUGGAAAAUAAAUACGUUGAAAAAUUGUUAAAAUGUUAUCGUUAAGUAAUUG